AUUUCUUCUCCAAAGUAAACUGCUUCAUUUGUCAGGAUCACAAGCGCGGAAAAAGAUCUGUGCAUCUGACUCCACUUCAAACUUUGAACCAGAAACACUUCUGACUUCUCCUCGAGUAGCGUUCCAAAAGUUGUGCAGCGACAACAAUGGACGUCCAGGAUGGGAAUGGUGGCUACAAGCAUCUUCUAAUGGAUGGCGCCAAGCUUCGACAUUCAGUUUAUGCAUUGAAAAACAGUCCUUUCAGGGCUGCUACGCUCUUCCUUGGCUUGCUGUGUGUUGUCCUGGUGACCGGGCUCAUCGGUCAAUCGGUCCAUUACUGGGGAGUAAGAAAAGACACGGAGAAUAAGUUGGAAGCCACGAGAAUGGAGAAAGACAACUUACAAGAGAACCUGAAGACUGUACAGAACGAGAAGAGGAAUCUUGCCUCCAGCCAGGAGCAGUUGCAACACAAUUAUGACUACCUAUCUAAAAUGAAAACCCAAAUAGAAACCAACAACAAUCUACUUACUGCGGAAGCCAAGAAACUGAAAGAGAGUCAAAGCCAACUGGAAGUCAGUAACGUCGCUUUAAAUAAAGAGCUUGAGCAGCUGAAGGCCAACAAGGAGCAGUUGCAGAGUAAUAAUGACGCCUUGUCUACUGGCAGAGACCUGCUACAGCAAAAGUACGAUUCACUGAUCAAGAGCAAAACCACAUUGCAGGCUAACUAUGACACCGCGACCAAAGAGAGGGACCACUUGCAGAACCAGUUCAAUAUCGCCACACGGUCCAAGGAGAAACUACAAGUGAGUUACAUCAGCCUGGUAAAGGACGUGGAACACCUACAGGAGCGCUACAAGUCCUCCUCCAAAGAGAAGGACCACCUUACCGACAGUCACCAAAAUCUGACCUUGGAGAACGCUAAUUUGCAGGCCACAUACACGACACUCAGCAAAGCCACGGAUGAAUUAAUGGCCUCCUACAAUUCCACCGUUGAAGACAAACAAGAACUUGAAAAGACGUUGAGAAACGUGACGGCAGACAGAGACCUGCAGAGAAUAGUCAUCACCAACCUGACUGCUGAGGUGGAACAGCUGAAGGCGACCAUCACCGUACUGAACGCAACUAAAGCUAAGAACUGUCCGAGUGGCUGGAGGAAGUUUGAGACCAGCUGUUAUUAUUAUUCUUCUACAACCAAGAAGACCUGGUACCUGAGUAGAAGCAACUGUCAAGCAAAAGGAGCUGACCUGGUCAUCAUAAACAGCAAAGAGGAAAUGGAAUUUGUGAAUGGCUUGUUUUCAAGUAGCAAGGAGGUCUGGAUGGGACUGACUGAUCAGGGUGUAGAGGGCCAGUGGAAGUGGGUGGAUGGGACUUCUCUGACCAUAUCGUUCUGGGCUGACGACCAGCCCAACAGUUACAAUGGAGACCAAGACUGCGUGGAGUUUUGGUACCGCUCAUCAGGAAAGGCUGAAUGGAACGAUGAGAAAUGUAGUUCAAAGAAAAAUUGGGUGUGUGAGAUGUAGCAACGCUUACAUUUAAGGAGUACGGGAUUUUUCGGCCAAACUAUGAAAAAAGUGCGACUUAUACUCCGGAAAAUACGGUAGCUCUUUUGGUUUGUUCGAAAAAAAUUCGAAAAAAAAAAAAUAAUAAUUUUAAAUCUACUCAACCUGAGAAAACCUCAAACAAUGGGGAUUUGCUAAUCACCCACAGCUAUAUUCAUAAAUAACACUGGAUUUUCUUUCACUGCAGUUAAUGGUGAGUUAAUUUGUUCUCUAGAUCUUUGUGUUAAUCACGGAUGUAUACACUUACAAUGUCUUCAUUUUUUUUU